CAAAAUGUUGUGAUCUGUUUUACAGGGAUUGGGCCCAGAUAUCCAUUACCUAGGUCAUUUGUUUGUCAUUUUCUGUCUGUACCAUUUAGUUAAAAAAAGGCAACAUGGGUGAGGAAAAUGAUGGGACAUUUAUUGUUCGAAUUCGGGGUUUGCCCUGGUCUGCGAGCGAGGCAGAAAUUCUUACUUUUCUUACUGAUGUUAACAUCGUUAAUGGGGAGGAAGGGAUCCACAAGACAUACACAAGGGAAGGUCGGCCCAGCGGGGAGGCAUAUGUAGAACUUCAUUCCGAUUUGGACUUGCAAAAUGCUUUGGCAAAAGAUCAUGAAAUGAUGGGGAGGCGGUACAUCGAGGUAUUUAAAUCGACAAGUAAAGAAAUGGAGUAUGUCCUCGGUCGAAGUGGGCAGGAUUCUGUAGAGCAGGAAAAUUAUGAUGGUGUAUUAAGAAUUCGGGGUCUUCCCUAUCAAUGCUCGAAAGAGGAAAUUGCCCAGUUUUUUUCGGGGUUAGAAAUUAAACCCAAUGGGAUUACUAUGACAAUCGCAAAUGGUCGUUGCACUGGGGAAGCUUAUGUGCAAUUUGCCAGCCAAAACAUCGCCGAUGAAGCUAUGAAAAAGCAUAAGCAAAAAAUAGGUCAUAGGUACAUUGAAAUAUUUAAAAGUAACAGGUCUGAACUUCGCGACUCGACGUCCGGGAUACCAAGGUUGGGACGCAGCAACCCCCGAAGGGGUCCCUAUGAUAGGCCUUCACAGGGUGGUGGCGGUGGUGGAAGGGGCCCCAACCGAGGAUAUGAUAGUGGGAGAUCCGUGGGUGGCUAUGGAGGUUACAGAGGUGGUGGGGAUUACUCCGAUGACUACGAUAGCUAUGGUGAUUCUUCUAGUAGCUAUGGACCAUGGGGAAGAGGCGGGCAAAAGGGUUACUCACAUGGAAGAAAUGGUGGUGGGUGGAGCGGGGACAACAACUUCGAUAAUGGUGGUUCUGGUAGUAGUUAUACUGUACACAUGCGGGGUUUGCCCUACCAGGCUAGAGAUGAUGAUAUCAACAGUUUUUUCUCCCCUGUUGUUCCUGUGUCAAUUCACAUGGAGCGUGGGAAAGAUGGGAGGUUAAAUGGGGAAGCGAAUGUCGACUUUGCAUCAUACCAUGAUGCCCAAGCGGCAAUGUCAAAUGAUAGAGCGAUGAUGCAACAUCGCUAUAUAGAAUUAUUUCUUCGAUGUGAUGGGAGCGAAGGGGAUGGUGGAAGAUCGGGUGGAUAUGGUCGUGGUGGUGGAGGUUACGGUGGAAAUUCACGAACGGGAAGUGGUUAUGGUGGAAGUCGCCAGGGAUAUGGCAGAGGAGGUGGAGGUCGUCAGGGUGGAUAUGACUACGGGGAUAGUGGUGGUUAUGGUUAUGACAACUUCGAUUCCUACAGUCGGGGUGGAAAUUAUAAACCAUUUUGAAACUUAUGCCUUCAUAGGGAUAAACUAGACUUCGUGUGGGACUACCAAGUCUGUAAUGUCAGAUUGUAUGUGUUGCAUAUUUGUUGUUAACUUAUUUUAAGUAACGAAAUAUCGUUUUGAAUGGGUAUGGGCCCUGAAAAUUCUUCCAUCACACUAAAAAACUUUCAAUUAGUAGAUUCUUCCUUUCGUAACCAUUUUCUUGCUACAAAAUUAUAGGUGGCUGCUGAAUAGCUGGAAACAAUUUCUUUAUUUUCUAAUAUUUUAAUAAAUGAAAAACAUCACCAAUUAUUUAUUACAAAAAAAAAGUAGUGAUUACUACUUUCACAAAUAUGCUGAACCAUCAUGAUACCCUAUUAGUUUGUUUGGUGCCAAGCAAACUGUUUAAAAUAGAAAUAGUUGAGUACCAACUAUUCCCAAAACUUAUUUGUCAGUUUUUUUCGAAAUAAUGCUGGUUUUUAUAUCCAAUCAAUCGGGUCAAUUUUACCAAGUUUCCAUUUUUCUGGACAUUAGCAAUAUUUGGCGUUGGCUUGUAAAGUCAAGAAUUUGGGAAUGUAUAACAAAAUUAAGCUAAUCUAUUAAUAUUUCUGACACCCAAACGCUUGUAGUUUUGUUUCAGUAAAACGCAAUGGCUGGCUUGUAACUCGCCAGUGUAGAUGAAUGGGCUGUCAUAGAUGAUGGCUCUAAUAAAUGGUAAUAAACUAUUAGCAUUUUCUUA